AUGGGUUGCCUGGAUCUCUCGUUCCUCCUUAUCACCGGGAUGUAUUCCGACAUCCACCUCGCUUGCACUGGCAAAGACGGCAGCGAGCAGACGUUCAAGGUCCACCGAGCCAUUGUUUUCAUGCAGUGUGCCAAACUCAGAGAGCUGGCUCUCGAGUCCCCUAUUCACUAUGACGAGACCCACGGCGUCGACGUUGUCCACCUUGAUCUCGAGCCGGAGACCCUCGAAGGCGUCCUGUCUUUCCUCUACUCGGGCGAGUAUUGCGUCAUCUUCAAGGCUCCCGAGACACAGCUUGCCAUCGAGGACGAGGGAAUGUGGGAUGACGCAAACCACUCCCUCUUCUACUCGCUCCGGGUCUGCGCCAUGGCCCUCGAUCUCGAACUCCCCGACCUCUUCGCCGAGUCCGCCGCCGCCUUGUGCGCCGCGUUCAAGAACUUCACAUUCCACGUCGACCUCCCGGCCGUUCUCGACGAGCUCUACUCCACCCUCGGCAAGAACCCCCGUUUCGUGUCCCACCUGAUGGAGAUUCCUCGCGGUGUCGCCCGAGACAUCAUGCGCUCCGGCAACGUCAAGAAGAGACUCGAAAGCGUCGUUCUCAAGCACCCCAACCUCGCCGUCGACAUCCUCGAGGCUACGAUGGAUGCGCUUGCGGAGGCGAAGGAGAGACUUCAGCAUGCGGAGGAGGAGCUGGGCGCGAUGUAUUGUCCCGAUGUAGCUAUUCCAAGCAUCGAGCAUGAGGAUGAGAAGGAGUGGGAGGAGCUGGACGAGGGUCGCCGGCGUCGUCGCAGCGAGAGCGAUCUUGAUGAUGAGGACGAGGAGGAGGCGAGGCCCUUGAAGAGACGUCGUUUGAUGUGA